AUGUCCUCUUCUCUAGAAACAAUUCAUCUACCCCACCUCCCCUCUUCGCUCGCUGUACAUGCUGCGCUCUAUAAAGAUGUACAGAAUGCUUCCGAAUUACGGCAGCAGCUUCUCUCGGCGAAUCCAGACUUUGAGUAUGCGUUCAUCGAUGCCAGUAUGGUUCUCUCUCGAGCACACGCUCUCUCAUCUGUCUUUCGCGCUGUCAAUGACUACCUGAAUGAACGUCUCAAGUCCCGCAAUAUCCACUCAGAAAUUGUAUUUUCACUGAGUCCGACGAAUAACAUUGCCGAUUCUUUUCGAAAGUUCGGUAUCAGCGACACGACAAGCAGCCUACUUGUGGUUAAGGUUUCUGUGACGCCCGAUAUUACCCAUGAGUCCGUUGCUACGCACCUAGGACAAAAUGUCCAGGGUACUCCUUUGCCUUUUGAUGAUGCGUCACUGUCGGGAAUUUCGGACAUAACGAAGAUCAAAAAAGCGUAUAAGCUGGGAGCUUUGCCUCCGGUUUCGUCAAACCAGGCUAAUGGGGCUUCUGACGAGGGGAGGAAGCGGCUGGAGCUCUCUGUCUUGGGAGCGAUUGCACUGCGAGGAGCUACCUGA